GCCGUCAAUUAGAUGGCACUCAAAUUAAGUCUGGCUUUUGCUCAAGUCAAAUUAUGGGACAGAUCCCAUCGACCGAACAUAUGACUACCUCUUUUAUCCUUUCACCUGAAAACGGAGAAGUCUUAAAGGCUCACAAAAAUUUCAUCGUCGAAGUUAAAAUUAAUCAUCUUAAAACAGGACAUUUUAGCAAUCCGGAAAAGGAAUACUAUCUUUUGCCACAAACACUUGAUAAUGGGAUAAUUGAAGGGCAUUCUCAUAUCGUCAUUCAACCUUUGAGAUCAGAAGAUGAUGCACCAGAUGCUAGAGACUUUGUCGCUUUUGAAGGUUUGAAUAGUGUUGCUAACAAAGGCACAUUCAAGCAAGAAUUUAAAGGAUUACCUGCUG